UGUGAAUUUAAGGGUAAAAUAUAACGAAAAAUUCUCUCCGUGUAAAAGAGAAAGAAGAAAAAUAAAAAAAGUUUUACGUGACAAUGAUUUCUCGGACAGCUAACUCAUCGGACAUUAUACAUCUGCGGAUUCCCCAAUUUUGUUACUUCUCGUGAAAUCAUCCAAGAGAAGAAGAUGCUCGAGGCACACUUGUCUUCUAUUUUUUUUUAUUGCGUUUAUCUAGGAUGAUUUGCGUGCUGCCUUUUAAAGUAAAUGACAUGGCUUGAUUCAUGACUUUCACUUCCACUGCUGCAUCAAUCGAUUGCGUCUUCAACAUGAAAUCUAUAUAAACGUGUUUUAAAGCGUAUCGAUAGAGAUUUAAUCAGUAUUAUGAAGAACUAGUGAAACAACAGGAACUUAAUUCCAAUUAAGAAUUACCAUACUGAAUACCAAGAACCAGUCACUGCGGCGUUAAAUUUGUUUUAAAAUAUUAAAAAAAGUACUUUAGAAUGCUUUGCAAGAGUGUCUCAAAGAAAUAAGUGUCAGAAAAAAUAUAUGUGAAUAAGUAAUAAAUAAAUAAGUAAGAAUACGUAAACGAGAAGAUAUUAAAGUACAACUCAAAACGCCUGAAGUAUAUUCCAGCGAUUGAUUAAAAAAAUGGUAGUACGGUACUCUGAUAACAGAAACGAAAAUAAACAAUACUGAUAUCGAUAGUAAGGAAAUGUAAUAAAGCAGAAUAAUAAAGUAAAGGCAGACAGUUACACGCGAGAGUCGCAUUGAUCUCUCAUCAGAGUUUGAAAUUCGUUAAAUAAAGUGAUGAUUAUACCCACUACAUUACCGGCUCUACAAUUACUGUAUUAAUCAAGGUGUAAGUUUUGUAACAGAGCCUCAUAAGAUGGUUAAGAUUUUUAUCUUGAUCGCGUUGCUGCUACUUUGGACCAUGGUACAUGGUGAAACUCCAUGCCCGGAAUACUUUACAUACAUUGUCGAUUCUAAAACACACGAUAUAUUUGGACAGUUUAAAAUUUCACCUCAGCCAGAAAGUACUGAAUUUCGUUUAAAAGUACUUUUAAAUGCAUCGUCUCUGCCAACAGAACUGGCAAAUGGCAUUGAUUUGGAAUUGGCACAGUCGGUAAGCAAGUCCGUUCAAGCUGUUCAACAAGGCAGACCUUUGUUGUAUCAUAUUUAUUUUCCCCGGGUCGAAAAUAUGCCGUUAUUGUUAAUGUCGAAUUAUCAGAUAUCAAUAUCCGGAAUAUGGUUUAACAAUCUACAAUAUUGUCAGGGUUUCGAAGGGUCAAAUCGAAAUGUCAGAUUUAUCGAAUUGGGGCAUAUUGUCCACCAGCCGCAUACGCAGAAUAAUCUGCAUCGAAAAUACACACGCUACCGUGCAGUUAAUCCGAGCACCGAUCUUCUAAAUCAUUCGAAACAUUCUAAACCCACUAUUGCCACUACUUCUGAUGAGAUUGCCAAAAAUAUAUCGUAUCCAGUCUUGAGUAAUUCAAGCCAAGAACACAAUACAAAUAGCAAUAAUAAUAAUAACGACGAAUGCGGUAUCACCAGCUACUACAACGAAAGCACAAAUAGUCUGAUCUCCAACGGUGAGGAAACGUUACCAGGCCAGUGGCCGUGGGUGGCUGGACUUUUUAUUGAUAGGAAUGUAUACGCAUUUCGGUGUAUUGGUUCCAUUCUGACAGACGCACAUAUUUUAACAGCGGCACUUUGUUUGAAGUUGACCAACACCAACAACGAUACCAUAGAUCACAAUAUAUUGGAGGUGGUCUUGGGGCAAUUUGAGAUUCACCUGCCUAACCAUUCGAUGACGACCGUGAAACGUAAGGUCGCGAGCUAUAAGAUCCAUCCCGAUUUCGCGCACACAGCCACGCGCGAUUCCGAUCUGGCGAUUUUGACUCUCAGAUCGCGCGUCGAAUUCAGCCCUUUUAUCAAACCUAUUUGUCUGUGGUCCGGUUCAACCAAUUUUGAAAAUGUUGUCGGUAGGACAGGAUAUAUCGUGGGAUGGAGCUUAGACGACUGGACACUCACCAAAUUACGAACGCUGAGGCUGCCGAUAGUAAGUCAGGAGACCUGUCUUCGGAAUGAUCAAAAUUUCAUCGCUUACACCUCGGAGCGCACCUUUUGCGCCGGUUUGCUAAGCGAGAUCGGUCCUUGCUUCGGUGACACCGGGAGUGGGCUGGUGGUUUUCGAUAAUUCCACAGGCCGUUAUCACUUGCGCGGCGUCCUUUCGUACUUCGUGCGUGGAAAUACAUCUAGUUCGUGCGAUGUCAGGAAGUACGUCGUCUACGUUGACGUGGCUAAAUACUUAUCCUGGAUUCAACAACAGAUUUCCAUCACGUAACGCUGAUUUCUCGCAGCAAAACGCAAAAUGUGCUAGUCGUCAAGUUUAAGAAAUAAAAAAGAAAAAUUUUUUUUUAAUUAUUACGUGACUAACUUUUUUGGACGGUUAGCCCAUCGAACUUGCAUCAACGGAUUCCCUAAUUUCCUUUUUUCUCGCAAAAUCAUCCUAGAGAAGAAAAUGUUCCAAAUAUACUUAAAAUCAUUUCUACUGCAAGCUGAUUAUUUAGCGAGAUUAUUAAACUUUAAACGUUCAAUUCUUUUAAGUAGUUGGAUUUAACUAAACAGAUCAACCUUUUAAAUCCAGAUUGAUCUAAAAUACUGUAAUCAUCGUUAAAACAGAAAUGUGCAUACCAACUGGAAAGUAAGUGAAUAAAGUUAUAAAAGCGAAAUUGUUUUGCGCUGUCAAAUAAAUCGUGUCAUGACAUACGUUAUAAUAUGCUUAUCGAUGUGUGUUU